CGAUCAUGUGAUCAGCUGUGUCCAAUCACAGCUGAUCACUGAUCAUCAGUGUGCCCUGAUGAUCAGUGUGGCCCCAGAAGUGCCACCUGUCAGUGCUCAUCAGUGCCACGUGCCAGUGCCCAUCAGUGCCACAUCAAUGCCACAAAGCAGUGCAUACCAGUGCCCAUCUGAGCUGCCUUUCAAUGUCACCCAUCAGUGCCAGUCAGUGCCACCUAUCAAUGCCAAUCAGUGCCACCUAUCAGUGCUGCCAAUCAGUGCCACCUAUCAGUGCCAGUCAGUGUCGCCUAUCAGUGCGCAUCAGUGCAAGUCAGUGCCGCCUAUC